AUGACCGAUUUGACCAAGCCCAGUGACCUUAACCCUGAUGAGAGAAAGCGCCAGUAUUCCUCAUUAAGGAGAGCUAUCUAUCGGGAUGCCCCACCGGCAUUUGUUGCCAAAUUCCAGAUGUGCAGUGACGCUGAACGGUUCACCAUGUUGAAGUCAUGGAUGACAAACCCAGACUUGAGUUCCAUCGACGUGGAGGAGAAAUAUGUGUCGUACGUGGAGCAGCUCCGCACUGACCGUUACACCACUGCGCCGUCCUGCCCAAAGGCAAGAAUGUAUAAAGUCUUAAAGGAGGUAGUGGAAGACACCUCUACUGGGAAGCGUGCGGAGGCCAAUGCUUCCUUGAAAGGAAGGGUGAGGGAUGACAAUGCGAAAAAACUCAUAGCGAAGCAACUUGGAGGGCUGAUGGAUGAUGUCCCGAGCUUUGAUCUGAAGACUGGACAGAUCAAGACUAAGAAAGGCAAGAAAGAAAAAUCACCAGAAGACAUGGCAGUGCAAGAGCUCAAACAACUUGAGAAAAAGUACCUUGCCUUGGUGAAUGGCAUUCCGAGCUGUAUCAAGGAGAUUGCGGAUUUGAAUGUGAGAAACUGCCAGGAGUUGGCAACUCGAAAACACCAUUAUCUUUCCAGAAUUUGGGUUCGUCAGCUGUAA